UCCUUCCUUCUGUCUUGCCUUUUUUAAGGACCACACCACCGCAUGUCAUACAAAUCCAUACCACAAAUUUGCACAAUUUUGAUGGCUUCCAGCUACAAAUCACCGGCCCCAACACCUAUCCAUGGCGGGAAUCAGUCGAUCCCGCCAGCGAAGCCAAUGUCGAUAGAGCAGCACAUUCUGGACAAGGGCGCACAGAUAUUGCAGUCUUUGAAGCCAAUAAAGCAGAUGAGCCAGCAUGUUUGCACCUUCGCUACAUAUAGCCAUGACAUGUCUCGCCAGAUAGAGACCCACCACUAUGUCGCUAGGAUCAACCAGGAUUUCCUUCAGUGUGCUGUUUAUUAUACUGAUGACUCUAAUGGCCGUCUUAUAGGAGUGGAAUAUAUAGUGUCAGAUAAGGCAUUUGAAAGCUUGCCACCUGAAGAGCAGAAACUCUGGUACUACCAUGCUUAUGAGGUCAAAUCAGGCCUCUUAGUUCAUCCCAAGUUUCCAGAAAUGUUGGUGAAACCAGAACUCGAAAAUUUGGCCAAGACCUACGGAAAGUUUUGGUGCACAUGGCAGAUUGAUAGAGGUGAUAUGCUUCCAUUGGGUGCACCUGCACUGAUGAUGUCUCCUCAAGAUGUGAACAUGGGCAUGGUGUCCCAGGAGCUAGUUGAAAAAAGGGCUACAAAGCAAUCGAUGGUUGAAAUUGCAGAGCCAGGCUGGAUAAAUCCUCAGGCUGACUACUGGAAGCAGCAUGGGAUAGGUUUUGCCAUUGACAUUGAGAAGACUGAAAUAAAAUUGAUGGCACCUUCUCCCUGAUAUA